AUGCGCACCCAGUCCCUCGCCAUGGCGGCCCUGGCCAACACCGCCCUCGCCGCGAUCCCGACCGUCAACAUCCCGCUGCACUACUACUACGGCGGCGGCCACAAGAUCGCGACCAACCUCGUCAACCCCAACUCCAAUAAGUCGGUCGAGGUCGUCUUCGACCAAGGCUCCGAGAACUUCUGGGUCUUCGGCCCCGACGCCAUCAAUAACUGGGGAUGCACCGCCUUCUUCUGCCAGGGCAAAUGCAACGUCACCGUCGACCCCUUCUACGACUACCCCAACAGCCCGACGGCGCAGAAGCCCGAGCCGUUCCCCUCGCAGUUCGCAUACGGCGGCUACACCAAGAUCGUGCAGGGCAAGGUGAGUGUCAACGACACUUUCCACUUCGCCGGCGACGCGGGUCUCUCCUCAGACGUUGCCGCCAGAGUCGCGAUUGCGGAGUACAUGCAACAGCGCCUCCCGGCCAACCAGGACGGCACCUGCGGCUCGGCCGGGGCCUACGAUCUCGGCAUCUUGGGCGUGGCGCCGUUCUACCGCACCGCCGAGUGGAACACCACCGGGCCGCACGUCCGCCAGGACCUCCUCGAGAGGGGCGAGAUCAGCGCGCCCGUCCAGAGCAUCUGGUUCGACGAGGCCCCCGAGAACUGGGACGGCACCUUCACCGGCAAUGCUGUCUUCGGCGCGAUCGACCACUCCAAGUACACGGGCGAGCUCGUCAAGGUUCCCCCCGUGAAGAACGACGGCCUCGGCGCCUCCGUGGGCUACUUCGUCGCUCCCCCCACCGUCAAGGUGAAGAACGUCACCCUCGAUAACAGCGAGCUGAGCACCAGGUCCUGCAUGAUCGACUCUGGCACCCAGAUCAACGACCUGCCCAUCAGCUCCUCGGCGAUGGAUGCUUUCGAAGCCGCGGCCGGUCUCGCCCGGGACCCCAUCGGCCACACUGCCUGGAACGGCAGCUGUGACUCCAUCCCCAAGGAUCUGACCAUCGACCUUGAGUUCGAAGGCAUUGGAGGCAAGAAGGUUACGAUCAAGACUCCCCUGCGCAACUAUGUCCGCAACAACGCUGAUGCAGCGCCUGGGUUCUGCGCGCUCAACAUCGAUACCGGCGGUUGCAUGCUCGGCGCUCCUUUCGCAACGGCUGCCUUCUUUGCUGCCAAUGAUGCUGAGAACGAGAUUGCUCUGGCGCAGGGCGGUGUGUCUAAGAGGGGAAGCAAGCCUGAUGAGGCUUCGUUCACUCUAACCAUUGCUUGA